CUGACGUAAACAACGGAACUGCGAACUGCAGCGAAAGUCGCGCAUGAUGACAAAACGAAAGGGUCCUGCCAAACCUGGCACCACCACCACCGACCUUGUUGCUUAGUGCAAUGCAGCACAUUCCUUUGGCUGCGAACCAACCAGCCCACCACCCUCCUCUCGCUCGAGCGCAACCUCACUCCCAAGCACACGUUUGCUUGCUUCACUUGUCGGCAAACGAAACCUUCCCCCCACUUGAGUCCUCUCUGUUGCAUGACAAACACUGGCCAAACAAACGAAGGCGGUUGAUCGAUAGCUGACGAGCGCAAUUGGAAAUUGGCAACCGACCUGUCGUCUCACACAUCACCCACCACAAUCAACUAACUGACUGACUUGACCUUAAAGGCAAGCAGAGCAGAGCCAGCCACCAGCCACCUACAACACACCACAGCACACAGCACUCACACGCUCAUUCACAACCAACAACCAACUCAGCUUUGGCCUCCUCAGCCACGCGCGCGAGCUCGGACAAGCAAGAAGAUCCAACGCAUCAAUUCCCUUGCUUCCCGCGUUCUUCUCCACUCACAUACACCCACAUACACCCGAAACAACGCGCAGAAGGAGCAAGUCUUCCUUCCGCAUCGGCACCAAAAAAGCGGAAGCAGCCACCACCGACCCACCACCACAAGGGGGGGAUUGACUGGUCGCUGCCUGGUAGCAAGCACAGCACAGCAUAAUGAGGAAUACACGGAUGGCCCACUCUUCUUGCCUCCGGCAACGCACGCCAUACCUUGUAUUGGUGGCAGCAGUGGCCAUCGCCAUGGCCACGCGAUUCGACUCCGCCAUGGCCCAACAGGACCUUUGCGGCACAACCGGUGAUUGUAACGCUGCAGGCACUUGCAUCGACCACGGCGACUUCAGGUACUGCGAGUGCCAGCCAGGAAACACGGGGUUUGCGUGCGAGUUCACCGCGUGUCCCCAGCACAGCUGCAAUGGGCGAGGAUCCUGCUCCAACAACGUGUGCAGCUGCAUGAUGCCGUUUAUCGGCUCCACGUGCGGACAGCGCCAAUGCCAAGCGGGACAGUACUUCGACGUCAUGAACGACAUCUGUGAAAGCUGCCCAGAGGGCUACUACAAUCCAAACCCAAACAGCCUCUUCUGCUUCAAGGCCCCCUUCGGCACCCAGACUGUGGAUGCAACGGGAACAGUGGUGGUCACUGGCGCCGUCAACACCAUCCCCUGCCCUGCUGGUUUCGCAUGCCCGACUGCCAGCACCGCGUCCAUUUGCGAUGCUGGAGAGUUUGCGAAAGAGGGCGAUGGGUUCUGCUCCCUCUGCCCCGCAGGCACGGCCUCCGCAAUUAUUGGGGAAUCCAUGUGCCCGCCGUGUACUCAGGGCACCUAUGCAUCUGGCGACGGCAACACUCUGUGCCAGACUGUACCGCCGGGCUUUUAUGGAACGCGCGGAGAGGACGUGGACAGCGACGGCAUCGUAGACUUUGUGCUCAUGGGCGCAACGGCCACCCUCUCCUGCCCGCCAGGGAUGGCGUGCGACGGCGGCAUCUUUGCGCCAUGCCCUGCGGGUUCGGCGCCCACCACGGACCAGGCCUCGUGCUACGAGUGCACCCCAAACACAUACGCGCCCACGCCAAUGACUGAUUCGUGCAUGCCCUGCCCCGGUGAUGAGUACUCCCUGUACAACGCAACCGCUUGCCUUCCAGUCCCAGCAGGCUACUACCGUGUCGGUGAGGGCAUCUCCGUGUGUCCGCCCGCCAGCUACUGCGAGGGCGGGGACUCAGUGCCGGAACCUUGCGACCCCGGCGCAAUUCCAAACACGAACCGCUCAAGCUGUGAUGCGUGCUUGGACGGCAAGUACACGCCUGACAACAUCAACUGCUACCCGUGCUCCCUCCCGUCAGAGACCAGCCUGGACGGCGUCUUGCAAACAGUGUCUGAGAUUGGUUUUGUGCGCGACAGAGACGCGCAGGAGAUUCGUGAUUAUAUCCUGUCGGAUUCUGCUCUUCUCGGCGGCACACUCGUGGAGACCAUUGACCUGCAGUUGCCGGAAUUCGCCUUCUACAUCGUGCCAGAGGGCGGCGCCGACUUCACCAUCGACACCGGGGUGUCUGAUCCGCGCAGCAUCACGUUCGUCGGGCACCUCAGCUACUGCCACUCCUCCGUGUAUCCAACCAUGUCUGGCCCAUCAAGCGCUCUCGACCGCGUGGGCUUGCUUGACAUUGACCAGUUCCCGCAGGCAUCCACGUCCGUCUCCUUCAACGAUAACUGCUUUGAGGCCAACUUCCUCGCAGGACUGGCCGCUGGCCAGACCGGCUUUUCGGGCCUGUUGAUUGAGCUGUCCUUUGCCACCACUGCCCCAAACAACAAGGGCAUCUACUAUCCAAACAGCAACUCUGGGAUUUGGUUCCGUGACGUCGGUGCACGCUACAACAACACGGAUCGCUCGGUGGUGACAGCUGUCGACACGCAGCCGCCCGUGUUUGCGUACUGCCCCAGUGACGUCACGCAGUCGCUGGCAGAGUACGAGUCGGCCGCGUCCGUGUACUGGACAGACCCGUUUGCCGAGGACAAUGUGGGCGUGGUCAGCCUGGAGGGAUCGCACGCCACGGGCGACAAGCUGUUUCUGCGUGACUCACCGGUCACCGUCACAUACACGGCGGCGGAUGCAGAGGACAACCGCGAGACGUGCUCGUUUGACGUCGAGCUUGAGUACCCAUAUUGGCGCACGACCGAGCGAACAACCAUCGUGAACCAGGGCCAGGUGUUCGACGAGAGCACGCGCCAGCACGAGUACCAGAGCAAGAUCACUUUUACGUCACUGUUGGCUGGUGGCGUUGGCACGACGUUUCCAAACUUCAAGCUCGACAGCAACCGCCUGCGCUUCACGCUGACGGCCCAGGACCGCUAUCAGUUCCGCGUCAACCCGAGCAGCGACCCCGUCACGCUGGAGAUGUUUGCUCUCUUCACCCGCGUGUAUGUCGCGUCGACCACAUCGUCAACCACGUCCAUACCGCCGGGGACAGCGGGACCCAUUGAGACGACAGACGCGCCCUUCUCGUCCGAGGUCAUCAACGCUCUCAACGCCGUUGUAUCCGACUCGUUCCUGCGCGUGUCGUUUGAGGACGCGCGCAACCUGGCGACAAACGAGCCCAUCGACAUUGCGCCCACGUGGUUCCAGGACGAAGGCACGCACUUCUCCUCCAGCACCAUCACGCUGCGCGGGUCGGCGACGCUGCCCUCGUACAAGGAUGGCAUGCUGUUCACGGGUGUCACCUUUGAGUACUCCAUGCCAGGACUGCGGCCAGAUGUUGGGCUGGAACCAACACCCUUCACCCCGUCCACAGCGUGGUCAACAACAACUACUACGACUGCUACAACAACUACACCGUCUGCAGGAGCCGGCACCACGACCUCCUGGCCGCCUGUCGGUGCAACAACAUCGUCAUCGCCAAACGGUCUAAGCCCAAGCACUUCCACCUCCACCUCCACCUCCACAUCAACAUCCACGUCCACAUCAACAUCCACGUCCACAUCAACAUCCACCUCAACGUCGACAUCAACGUCGACAUCAACGUCCACGUUCAGCUCAACGCCGUCCAUCGAUCUGCUGUCGCUGAUUGAGUUCCAGCCCGUGAGCGGAUGGGCGGGCCUGUCGCGCCUCGGCGACUACGCCAACGACAACACGGGCACCGCGUUCCUGUCGGUGAUUGGGCUUGACGUGGAGCCACCGGUAAUCUACUGUCCACAGGACCAGACCAUCAACACGGACGACGGUAUCGACUAUGCCACCAUCGACCGCAUGCAGCUGAUGGCAACAGCGACAGACAACUCGGACAACGUCACCAUCAUCUCUGGCCUCAACGACACGUACUUUCCUGGCGAAUACACCAUCAACAUGCGGGCUGUUGAUCCGUACGACAACAGUGCAGAGUGCUCGUUCCUGCUGCGCAUCGUGGGCUCCAGCAACGCCUCUGGUCCCGGCAGCAACGCCAGCACGGGCGCAGCGGUCGUGGGCGGCGCCGUCGCCGGUCUUGCGCUGUUGAUCUUCGUCAUCAUGGCACUCGUGUGGCGCAAACGCAUCCGCGGCCUCACGCGGCCAAAGCCGUACGACUUUGAGGAGCGGCUUCGAGAGCUGGCAGAGCACCUGCGGGGCGAGGACGGGCUCAUCAAACCGCGCGAAAUCAAGCGCGAACACGUCCGCCAACUCGACGUGCUCGGUGCGGGCCACUGGGGUGAAGUCGCCAAGGGCAUCUUGGAGGAACACAAGCAGGCCGGUAUUCCUGGCUUCCUCGUUGCGAUCAAGAUGCUGAAGACGGACAGCAUCGACAGCCAGGAUGAGCUGAUGCGAGAGGCCGCGUUCAUGGCGCAACUCAACAACGACUUUGUUGUCAAGCUGUAUGGCGUGUGCACGUUUGGCGGGCCCAUGAUGAUGGUGAUGGAGUACUGUGAGCACGGAUCAUUACAGGGCCAUCUCCGCCAGACGGACAUGUCCGUCGAGCAGAUUACGCAGAUCAUGUGCGACGCCGCAUCUGGUCUCCUCUACCUCUCGUCCCGAGCUGUUGUGCACCGCGAUGUUGCAUCACGCAAUGUUCUCCUCUCCUCCGAAUGGCGUGGACGCAUUGCUGACUUUGGCAUGUCACGGGAGUCCGAGGCGGAGAGUGCGUACUACCAUUCGCGCGGCGGCGCUGUGCCCGUGCGCUGGUCCGCACCAGAGGCGCUGGAGGACCACAAGUUCUCCGAGAAGAGCGACGUCUGGUCGUUUGGCAUCCUCUGCUACGAGGGCUUCACCAAGGCCGAGCUGCCGUACAAGGGCAUGUCAAACCAGAAGGUCUGGGUCAGCGUCAUGGACGGCUUCCGUCUCCCGCGCCCAGACUCGUGCCCAGAGAACAUGUAUGAUCUGAUGCGGUCGUGUUGGAUGCAGCGAGCAGACGAGCGCCCCACUUUCCAACAAAUUGUGGACACGCUGCAGCAGCAUCUCAACGGGAAGGAGGUCGACAUGCGCGAUCGGUCCGCCACCGCUUCGCCGGCCGUCAAACCGCGAUGCACGCCCGCGAACAGCCCGGCCACGUCCGCUGGGAGCAACGUGGAGCGAUACGCAAACGAGGCGUCAGUGCUGCAGUCAGCAGCAAACGACCAGCAAACACACAAGCAGCGCCAGCACCAGCAACACCAGCACCAGCAGUUGCAAAACGACGUGCCGCUUGAGUCGUACGUUGAUUUGACGUCUGCGGUGCACAUUGACAACGCGACGGGGUCCUCCCCAACUACGCUUCCAACAGCAACCAAGACACAACAGCAGCAGCAACAAGAAGGGGAGCAGCUGGACCCGUAUGUUGACUUGUCGUCGGCUGUGCAUGUGGAUGUGCAGGCGCGAGACAAUGACGACAGUGUCGUGCAACUGUACACGACAUACACAGGACCGCGCACCGAUGAUGACGAUGAUGACGAUGAAGGCGACGGAGAGAGCGAGAGUGGCGCGCUGCUUCGCGUGUCACCAGCAGUGCCCGACCGCCCAUCCCUCAACCCAUCACGCACCGCCCAGAACCCAACCUAUGGGCCAGGGGAAGCGUGCGACCAGGCCGGCGUGUACGAGGAGCCGCAGCUGCAGCCAACACCUGCACCUGCAACGUACGAAGAGCCCGAACCCCAGACGGCGGCGACGGCGACAUAUGAAGAACCGCUGAUCCACCCAGCACCGCGACACGGCAGCAUUCGCCUCAGCAACCCAGACGUGCCCGCCCUCGUCACAGAAAAGCAACAACCAGCAACACGCCGCCCACCACGAUACAACCCACCUCCUCGGCACCACGACGUGUGA